AUGUCCUGGUAUCAAAAACAAAUUCGGUUGUCAGCGCAACCAAGAGGUUGCCAUUUGGUUCAUCAAGAGAUUGUCAGCCAAGUGCCCGAAAUUCGCGACUACAAGGUUGGCAUGGCCAACGUCUUUUUACAACAUACAUCAGCGAGUCUUAUGAUCAAUGAAAACGCUGACAGGACUGUGAGAUCGGAUAUGGCAAUGGGGUUGGAUAAGAUCGUUCCCGAAAACUGGCCUUAUGAGCACGACUAUGAAGGAUCGGAUGACAUGCCUGGUCAUCUAAAAUCUGGCAUUGUGGGCACAUCACUCAACAUUCCUAUUACUAAUGGACGUCUGAAUACUGGUACUUGGCAAGGAAUUUACCUCUGUGAGCAUCGUAACCAUGGUGGAUCGAGAAAGGUGGUCGUCACUUUACAAGGUGAAAAACAUUAG